AUGAUAGUCACAGGUAUGGAAGAAAUACUCAAGCACACGGCAACAUUGCCCACUUCGACUUCUACCGUCGGACCGAUUCCGACGGUGAUUCCGGGAGAUCAGCCUAUUGUGCAGCAUAUUCAUGAUACCGGGAAGCGGACUUUAUGGGUCGUGGUCAUAUUCAUGGCAAUUUCCUCCCUCGCCUUCUACUCCCUCGCGGCCCGAGUCCGAGUUCAAACCCGGCUCCUCCACACCCUCACAGCCCUCAUCACCACGGUCUCCUUCCUCUCUUACCUCGCCAUGGCCACCGGUGAAGGCGUAACCUACAAACACUCUAUUGUGCAUCACCCCCACAAACACGUCCCCGACACACACCAGGAAUACCUCCGGCAAAUCUUCUGGGUUCGCUAUCUGAACUGGAUCAUCACCACCCCCCUUAUACUAAUCAAUAUCGCCCUUCUUGGCGGCCUGAGCGGCGCGAAUCUUGUUGUCACCAUCGCGGCGGAUUUGAUCAUGUUCGCGGCCGGAUUGACGGCUACCUUCGCGCACGAUGAGCGCCGCUGGGUCUGGUAUACGAUUGUGAUUAUCAGCUUCUUGACAAUUGCGUUCCAGGUUGGUGUUAAUGGUGCCCGUUCCGUGCGGAGAGGUGCAGAUCAGCGUCGCGCGUUGUUUACGUCAUUUGUGGGUGCGAACUUGUUGGUUUUCUUGCUUUAUCCGAUUAUCCUUGCUGCGUCGCCACUUAGUCAACGCAUCGGCGUUGACGCUGAGACUAUCGCUUGGGCAGUUCAUGAUAUUUUGACACAGGGUCUUUUCGGAUAUUGGUUGUUGCUAGGUCAUGAUACUAGUGAGACUGCACAACUUGUUGUGGACGGUUUUUGGUCCCACGGCAUCAGCCAUGAAGGCGCAAUUCGCGUUGGCGAGACUGAUGGAGCUUAA